CUGGAGCCCACUAACUGCUUGACUUUAUCCCUUUGACCUGCAUCUCUUGUCUCUUUCAGUACUAUCGUAUCCAGCACCAUAGACACCAGACUUGUCGAUUUAUUAACCCUAUCUUUUGCCUCGUAUUACAAUGGGCAACAAUAGCAAGGGUAGAUCUAAAGAGCGGGAUGACCGUUCAAAUCGGGUGGUCAUUGAACGAGACGACAACGGCCGAGCAAUAGGUAGACAAUUCGAUCCGUAUGAUCCUAGAUACAUAGGAAGACUUCUAGCAGAAAAUAGAGCCCGUUAUCAUUCUGGAGAUGCCCAAGCUAGCUCAGCUCCGCAGCGCAGUCGAGACCCUGGUCCAUACGGCAGUAGCCAAGCGGCAUACAACACAAGCCUCCAACGACCUCAAACCGAAAUAUCCCCCGAGAGGCGUGAACUCCACGAUCGAGUAACGCAAUGGAUGCAAACACCGAGUUUUCCUGCUUCGGAUACUCCUAUGGGGGGGCAGCAGCAGCAGCAGCAGCAGUAUGCAUCUUUUUCGAGUGCCACCGCUGGGUAUGUCGCAGGACCCAAUACCACAGCUGCGUGGCCUACAGACCCAAACACGGUGGUCCCAAGCGACGUAGCGAGCUAUUACAACAGAAGCGGCUACCCGAGCAGAGAACCUAGCCCGGACAGAGAACCUAACCCGCCGUACAACCCUUCGGACGUCACGAGCUACUAUGCCCAUACGGGUUUCUAUCCAUCCACGGAGGAGAAACGGAGACGGGCGGACCGUCAGAAUCAGGUGCUCCUGUACGAAGACCCAAGACAGUACCGUAGGGAGCAAGACAGAGAGAGGAGAAAAGAGAAGCGGCAUGGGAAGGAAAGAGCCUAUUAAGUAGUAUUGCUGGAUCUUAUGUUCUGGUAUGUCUCGAUGCUUCGAGGGUUAAUAAGGUGCCGAAAGAGGUCUCCUCCACAUUAGCUAAGCCGGCGGUGAUUUUUUAUUAGCUUUUAGUUGGCUA